AUGGCGUUCUUUCAAGCGAUGCAAUGGUCCGAAGGCGAGAAACGAAUGGCCGAAAUUAUGAAAACUCCACCCUACGACAAUCCUACUGUUCCGACGCUCUCGCCGCAGCUUUCCAACCAUCUCAAAAUUGCUCCGUUGAUUGCUAUCGGGACGCUGGAUUCUCAGGGAAGACCUUGGACGACGCUUUGGGGGUCUGGUGAGAAGGGUCUUUCGCAGCCUCUCGGUGGCGGCAUUGUGGGUAUUCGAACGCCUGUUACAGGAAAGUUCGAUCCGGUGGUGGAGGAGCUGGUGGGGAAGGAAGCCACGGGCCAGGUUACUAGAGAGGAAGGAAAAGGCAGGAUGGUCAGCGGCUUAACGAUCGAUCUGGAAACGAGGAAACGAGUGAAGAUGUACGGGCGAAUGGUCGCAGGCGCUCUGGGCAGUCGGGACGACGAAGUCACUGGCCACGAAGAAAGCGUCGCCGAAGUUCAGCUUGUGCUGAAGAUUGAGCAGAGUUUGGGGAACUGUCCGAAGUAUCUGAACAAGAAACACAUUGUGGCUGCGGCUUCAAAACCGCAGCUUGUGUCGGAUUCUCCAAGAUUACCGCAGCAAGCACUGAAUCUAUUGGAGAAGGCGGAUCUCUUCUUCGUGUCGAGUGCGCAGCCCGAGCAGGAUAUGGACACGAACCAUCGUGGUGGACCUCCCGGCUUCCUUCGAGUGGGAUCGAACGACGAGUCCGGCGCUGUGUUGUAUUGGCCAGAGUACUCAGGUAACAGGCUCUGGCAGACGCUGGGAAACCUUUACGAUAACCCCGUCGCCGGCUUGUGCGUUCCAGACUUCGAUACAGGCGAUAUGCUCUACCUCACAGGGACGACUGAGAUCCUCGUAGGCAAAGAUGCAGCAGCAGUCCUCCCAAGGUCGAAUCUUUGCGUGAAGGUGAAGGUCACGGCGGCGCGCUUUGUCACACAGGCUCUUCCAUUUCGUGGUGUUCCAGGAGAACUGUCUCCAUACAACCCCGUCGUUCGAUAUCUCGCCUCUGAGAAGACCGCUCCACGAGUUGAGGAACAACAGCUGCAACAAGCUAGACUCCUCAGCCAGACCGAACUCACGCCGACGGUGUCCAGGUUCAGAUUCAGCUUGGAGAAUGCGGCGGCUUACAAGGCUGGACAGUACGUCACGUUCGACUUCUCCGACCAUCUCGAUAUUGGAUACUCCCACAUGCGUGAUGACGAUCCACAGAGCAUCAACGAUGACUUCGUUCGGACAUUCACUGUUAGCAGUCCCCCUGGCGAUCCCCCAAUACCUGUUAGGAAUCUCAAAGACGACGAGUUCGAAAUCACGAUCCGAAAAGUUGGUCCUGCGACUGGCUUCUUAUUUCAGCACGCUGGUGAGAGUGAUCGUAUGCGUCUUGAGGUCGGCAUCAAGGGAUUCGGCGGUGAGUUCGAAGUUCAGUAUGAGAAUGGGGAAGAGACGAUAGCUUUCAUUGCUGCGGGAGUCGGGAUCACACCUGUCUUGCCGUCGUUGUGGAUACUUGACCUUUCGAGACUGCAUUUGCUGUGGACGAUACGCAAAGACGACAUUGGACUUGUCCUGGAUACUUUGCAGCAACAUCUGAAGCUGGCGGGAAGUCUCUCCGUCUUCAUCACCAAUGCCGAAAGCGAUGAUCCUGAACUCAGCAGGUUGAAGCACACGGGAGCUCAGGUUCAUCUUCGAAGAAUGCAGCAGUCUGAUUUGCAGUCUCUGCAAGCCUCCAGAUACUACCUAUGCACGGCUGUUUCACUCCGCAAGCAACUCAUGGAGUGGUUGCCAGGAGAAAAGCUCGUAUUCGAGGACUUCAACUUCUAG